CAGGGGGCCCCCGCCCGCUGCCCGCUCCCUCGCCUUUACUCCUCUGGCACCAAGGUGGCUCCGGAUUGGGGGGCCGCCUCGUCACUGUCACCGGGAUUCUGCUCCUUCCCACUGGCUCGCCACAGCUCCCCACGGCACUCGCAGCCUCUGGAAGCCGGAGAGAGGCAGCUGCGGGCUCCGGCUGCCCAGAGCCAGGUACGGCGGUGGAGCACGCACACACGCCCGCCAGCUCGCCAUGUCACAGGUCCGAUGUCACACGCCGCCAGGCGGGCUCGGACGUUCUGCAGCCGGCUGCAUGCAGGGGGUCAGCGAGCGUCUGUGUCAUCGAGGCCCCGCUUUCCCACGCUACACCAUGAAGCACCUGCUCUGUGGCCUUCUGCUGCUCAGCCUCUGCCCGGGCCGCACCUCCGGCAGCUGCCACAGGGACUGUCUGAGCUGCCGCGAGAAGCUGGGGCCCGCCCUGGACAGCUUCAGCCUUGAGGUGUGUGUCCUCCAGUGUGAGGGACAGGGCCUCGCCAGCCCCCUCUGGACUCCGUGCACUGAGGCCAUGGCGGGGGGCUCCUGGCAGCUGGACUCCGCCGGCCCUGAGCGAGUCGGGGGCGCCCCCGAGACGCAGCAGCUGAAGCGCAUGCCCCGGGUCAGGAGCCUGGGCCAGGAACAGGAGCGCCCUGAGCCCGGCCCCCAAGACGUGGAGCAGAAGCAGCUGCAGAAACGGUUCGGCGGCUUCACCGGGGCCCGCAAGUCUGCCCGCAAGCUGGCCAACCAGAAGCGCUUCAGCGAGUUUAUGAGGCAGUACCUGGUGCUGAGCAUGCAGUCCAGCCAGCGCCGGCGGACCUGGCGCCAGAAAGGACACGCAUAGCCGUCGGGGACCCCCGCCCUGCCGUCUGC